AUGACAACUACAUCCUCUUUAUUUAAUAUUCGACCAAAUUUUAUUUAUGAUAAAGUAAUAAAUUGGUUUCCAGGUCAUAUGGCAAAAGGUUUAAGAAUAAUAUCUGAAAGGAUGUCAAGCAUUGAUGUUAUUGUUGAAGCGAGGGAUGCAAGAAUUCCGAUAUCAUCAAUUAAUAAGAAAUUUGAAGAAGUAGCUAAUGUUAAAGAGCGAAUUAUUGUUUAUAAUAAAUGUGAUUUGGCAGAUGAAUCUUCUCAAGAUGUAUUAUUCACAAAUGCUAACAUGGACAGGAAUAUUAAAACGAUAAUUAAUAUUGCAGCAAAUAAAGCAAGAGAAAAUCCACAAAAAUAUCCUUUUGUCACAGUAAUGGUAGUUGGAAUGCCAAAUGUUGGAAAAUCGUCUAUAAUUAAUUCCAUGAGAAGACUUGGUGUGCAUAGAGCUGCAAGAACAGGAGCAAACCCAGGAAUAACAAGAGCAGUUUCUAAUACAACAAUUAAAGUAUUAGAAAAUCCUACUGUUGCUUUGACAGAUGAUGUAAAUGUAUUACUUCCCGCCAUAUCUAAACGUAUAGGUGCAUUACAUAAACAAGGUGAAUAUGAUAUACAACAAGCUGCCAUGUUUUUUAUUAAACAAUAUAGAUUAGGUAAAUAUGGGAGAUAUACUUUAGAUGAUGUAUCUGCCAAAGGAUUAAAAGCUUAUUUUGAAGAAGAAGAUAAUCCAACUAAAGAAAUUGUAUUAAGUAGAAAUCAAGAGAAAAAAAAGAAAUGGGCAGCAAUUACUGAAAAAAGAUUAGAAAGAUGGAAGAAAAAAGGUUUUUCUAUUAAAAAAGGAAAAAAUAAGUGA